AUGACUACUAAAGAUAUUUUUGUGCAUGACCAAGAAGAACAGCCCGUGCGACGCGAGGAACAUCAAGUACCUGUACAACGCACUAAAUUUACAGAGCAGGAGGAGGGUUCUCUACCUCUCCUGCUAAGUCAUCAUCAAGGGGCUCUGCUCGGACAGCAUCAACAUCUUCUACAUAUCAGUUGUAGUGCUGCUAUUGUUCAACAUCAAAGUGGCUCAGCAUCUUCCUCUCAAUCUCGUCCUGGCGCAGGAACUUCUCCGUCUGAGAAGAAUUCUAACUCUCAAAAAUGUUCAAAAUCAAAGCGUCCUGGCGCAGGAACUUCUCCGUCUGGGAAGAACUCUUACUCUCAAAGGAGAAAUGAAGGAUCGCCGAACUACAUUUCACGAGGAGCUCGUAAUACGACAAGAGACCACAAUGCGACUGCAACUGAUUUUUCUAAGAACUCUUCAGCCGGAGACGGUGGAGCAGCAGUAGAAGCCUGUAGUAGAGAGUCUGCUACGUCUAGCAAUCAUCACUGUAAUACGAAAUCCGAGUUAGAUAAACAAGGCCAUCUACUUCAUGAUCUGGAUGUUAUACAUGGAGCGACUCGUCGGGCGUCGACUUCGACAGCAGCUUCAUCUGGUGCAGGAGGGCCUAUUGAGAUUGAGAGAAACAUAAGGAACUGGAGUAGGAAUUUUUACAAGUCGUGCCACGUCCCAACCACAUCCACCGCCAGCAGCACAGCAGCUACUGGCACAGAUGAUUUACUAUUAUCCCUGGUGGAAACCAAGAACUACACAAGUACCCCUUCUCCCCAAUUGCUCAGCAAUCAACAUGGAACUGCAACUGCUUCUGGCGACGUCGAACGUAGAAGUCUGACGAAAGGAUACUUUGACGCCGCGACGAUGGAUGGUGGUGGAGGUGCGAAUGGUGCUUGCGAAGUUUUAGCAGCUUCCGCGAAGCAUGUCGAACAAGAUCUGUACCCGAGUCUUUCCCAAGAAGACUUAGAAGAUUUAUAUUCAAGCCUUUACCAAGAAGACUUAGAAGAUUUGUAUCCAACUUUGUACCAGCAAGAGUACGCAGACUAUCCAAGAGAAAGUUUGUACGACCAAGAAUCGCGGCCAUGUCCGUCUUCCUCUAGCAAGGAGUUCCGUUUUUCCGAACAUCCUUCCGACAAGACCGAAGAGGCACGAGAACUACCGCAAGGACUAACGCAACUACCACAACAACUACCAUCAGAAGAUCUACAGCAUCAAGGUGGGCAACCUAGUGCUGUAACUACUAGUACUAGUUCUAAUUCUAAAAGUCCUAAAUUAUAUCGAAAACUAAGAAAUAAUGAUAAUCAGGUACGACCAGUACAAAAAGCUCAUCGAUCAUUAUACAGUAGUAGUAGUACAAGAAGAAGAAGCACGACAAGCACAACUUCCAGUGUUCCUAGUGCAGCUAGUGGCCCUUGUUCCACCCCUGCGAAUACAGCUAGUUGUCCUUCUAAAGCAACCUGUACAACUUCUAGGGCUCCUUGUUCCCCUGCUCGUGACCAAGUCGAUGCCAUCGAUAGAAUCAUGACAUUGAUUCAGAAACAGUGCGACAAGAACCAGGCGUCGCUUGAACCUGAAGUAGACGGAGCAAGAGCAGUCCCUCAGACACAGACGGGUCAAGGAAGUCCCCAAGUACCUGAAGUAGAUGGAGUAAGUCCUCACACGAGUCAGACCACGGGACAAGACGGGCCUCCUGUAGGAUUGGAGACAGGUCAAGGCGAAGCUCCCAUCUACCCGAACGUUGAAGGAAGUCAUCUUCCCGUACAUUCUUUACAUUUACAACAUCAGCAUGGCGGGAGCAACAGGAGCUCUAGCUCUACCUGUCUUCCUGGGCCUGGCAUCAUUGCUCAAAAUGCAGGGAAGCACGACAGGCACAAGCAUCGUCCUGGUCCGCCCCUGCCUCCAAUUCUAACUUCUCCCAGGAGUGUAAAUGCCAAUGAACAACUACAACAACAGCAGCAUGUGAUCGCACGAUCAGGACAGCAGUUGCUAGGUCAGGUUCCUAAAAAUGCUGUGACUUUAGAGGAGCAACUGCAACCGCAACAGUCGCAACAACAGCAGGCUACAUCUGCCAGCGCUCAGCAAGAGCCAAACGACCAGGCAGUGGAUGGCAAUAUCAAUGCAGGCCCUGCUACAUCUCAGCCUACAACUGCUCCGCAACAGCAUGCUUACAUUUUUGUCCCGCUAUUCGGUCCACCACUGCAACCAGGAGGACAACUACUGCCACAGCCGUUCAUGCAUUGUCCUUCUCCCAUCAGUCCUACACCUACUAGUUGCGGUCCUGCGUCUCCUACAGCAUGUUCGAGUAACAUGGGAACUGCGCGAGUACAGCAGCAACCGUCGAUGGCAGUGCCAAUGCAGCCAGUUGCGGUCAUGAGUACUAGUAACAUGUCGAUGCAGCAGCCAAUGAUGUCGA